AUGGCCGGCGUCACAGCCGGCAGCACCCGGGCCAAAACGGCUAGAAAUAUCCCGCACCGCCGCUCUCGCGUCGCAUCAUCACGAGCGCCGCCGUUCGCGUGGGCCACACCGCAGAUCGCGCUCCUCCUCCUCCUCACGGCGGCUUCCCCCUUCCUCCACUCGCCCGCCCACGCGCGCGUGCUCAACUGCCAUCGUCUGCACCCUCUUUCCACCACAGAAUCCGCCGCACUUUACGGCGCGGGCAACACUGCGCUCGGAGAUCCCGAUGGCGGAGGCGACGCGGGAGGCGACGCGGAUGCGCAAGGCGGGCGCGUGUACGCGGCGGAAGGGACGGGCGGGGAGCCUCCGCCGCCAUCGCUGUCGCCGGCGAGCGAGAUGUUCGACAUCUGCAGCUUCGCAGGAGACAUCAAUUUCACGGUGACGCCCACGUUCAUCGGCACCACGUGGAAGGGGUGGGGCACGUCCCUCGCCUGGCAGGGCAACUACAUAGGCGGGUUCGCGCGCGCGAACAUGGACGUGCUACUAGACGCCAUAUUCCACAAAACCAAGGGCCUGGGGCUCAACAUAGUGCGCUACAACAUCGGCGGGGGGAGCAGCCCGCAGCGCAGCCCGCAGUUCGCGCGCGACCAGCAGGCGCGCCUCAAGGCCAUGCCGGGGUACUGGCCCGCGGAGACCGCCGCGUUCGACUGGACGGCGGACCAACAGCAGCGGAACGCGCUGUUUGGCGCGCGCGCGCGCGGGGCAGACGUGUUCGAGGCGUUUUCCAACAGCCCGCCGUGGUGGAUGACCGUGUCGGGGGACGUGGCGGGGGCGAAGGGGCGGAACCAGACGAACCUGCAGCGCAAGUACGAGGGGAAGUUCGCCAACUACCUGGUUACCGUGGUGGAGCAAUUCGCCAAGAACCCCACAUGGAACAUCACGUUUGACACGCUAGAGCCGUUCAACGAGCCGCUGGAAGGGUUUUGGACCGCGGGCAACGGGCAGGAAGGGUGCAACGUGGACCCGGCAGCCAUGGGCAGGGUGCUGACGCAAGCAGGGAAGCUGCUCAAGGCGCGGCGCCUGCGCACGCGCGUGGCGGCGUUUGACAGCUGGGUGGAGAGCACGGGCAGGGCGCUGGCGUCGGUGCCUGGCAUGCGGUCAGCGGCGCGCAUCAACGUGCACUCGUACAUGGACCCCGCACAGCCCGCCAAGGACCCCGCUCGGUACACGGGGCAGGCUUACCUCGCGGUGCGCGACAUCGCAAAGCGGCUCGGCAAGGAGGUGUGGGUGACGGAGGCGGGGCACAUGGGGCGGGGCGGGCACCCGUACGACCUGUCGCUGUACGUGGUGCGCACGGUAAUGGAAGCCGUGAACUUGCUACACGCCUCCGCGUUCGUCUACUGGAUGGCCUAUGACCCGGACAUAGGCUGGGCUAUCGUGCGCUUUCCGUGGACCUACCCUGCGGGGUAUGCAGGCCCCAUUCCUAAGCCAGUGCUGACGAAGCGGUAUUUCAUGUUUAAGAUGCUCACGAGCCUGGUGCGACCAGGUAGCCAGCCCCUGAUGAUGCCGUCCAAGUGCUGGCACGGCAUGGCGGGGUUUUACCACGCUGGUGACCUCACUGUGAGCGUCUUUGUGGUGAACCAGAAGCCCACUGCUGCUCAGCUGUCCGUGAGCCUCGCCGGGUUUCGAAUGAAUGUGAAUGGCAGGACGAGGGCUGUGGUGCGGCGCACCUCGUGGAACCAGGAUAUGGCUGAAGUGGUGCUCUCUCAAGGGAAGACAGCGGCGAGUGUGACAAUACAGGGCCGAAGCUUUGUUUCAAUCCACUUCACUAAUGUGCAGAGAAGUUUCCCUUGA